AAGGGAGGGGAAAAGGACACGGAGAUAUGGGGGAGGAGCGGAGGUUUGAAAUGUGAGGGAGAAGCAAAAGCCCCCAGAAAAUAAUUUCGUUUUUGUUUUUGUUUUUCGAUUUGGGAGCGGUUCGUAGUGGGCUCGCUGUUCUUGCAGCGGGGCGGCAGGAGGGGGAGGAAUUAUCCUGUUCCUCUCUAGUGCUAUCUUCUGGAUGCGUUUCCUCAUGAUUUCUUCGCCUUCCGCGUGCUGUUGCUAGUACGUACGCCAGCCCUUUGAUUCGGCAGGCUUUGCUUUUUUGUUUCGGGUUCUUUCGCCAAAGAUUGCAGCCUUCGCAGUCGCAGGCUUUUCUUCGCCGAUUCCAAGCUUGGCCCGGCUAUUUCCCCUUCAAAAAAUCGCGCGAAGUUUGGGUUUUUAACCCGUUCCUUGGUGCGGGCUGCGCCGAAAUUUGUUCUUGGCGCGUGCGAUUGGUGCUAAGUUGAGGCCGGGAGCGUGGAGUUUCGAGGGAUUUGUGGGGAAAUUUUGAGUCUUUCCAGUGUCUGGGUCUGGAAUUUGGGGUUUGAGGGGGUGCCACUUUUGAGCCCUUGGUGAGUCAGGGGCUCUUACGCCUGAAGUUAGCGCUAUUUGAUGCGAAAUGGGGGAAUUUCUGGUCACUGUGCUGUUCGGCUGUUGGAUUUGGCGUGUUGGCGUGUGAGCCUUGGUCUAGGUCACCGGUUUGGGCUGGUGACUUGUUCAUUUCCCUGGUGGUAAUGCUGUCUGCAGCCGCCGUGAUGGCACCAGCACCAGCUGCGCAGAAGAGCUCUCUCGAGGUCUUGCUCGAGACCAUAAAGAAGCGCGACGAGCAGCCCAAGGAUGCGCCUCCGGCAUUGCCAGCCCGACCAACAAGCCGUGGCCGGCUGCCCACCACAAGACGACCGUCACUGCCUUCCGGGUUUAAACUUGAAAAUGGUGUGGCGAAAGGCGCUGCUGCAGAUAUGAUGGCGGUCGACAAGAAGCCGGAUGUUGAGAGUGAGAUUGCUGGGCUGGAGGCCAAGGAGGAAAAGGCGGUGAAAGGUCGCAUCUUUGGUACUAAGAGGAAGUACCCUAAUGCAGAAGUGCUGGAGGAGUCACCAUAUGUUGAGAAAUUUCAUGAAGAGAGGAAGGAGACGACAGUGUGUAAGGAUCCCCCCUCUGUUUCCUCAACAACGGCAAAGAUGAAUGGGAAGCCAGGGUGUACAGAUAUCAUGGAUUAUGUCCUCCAGAAGAAGCUACGAGUUUGGUGUUCCUCACCAAAUGCAAAGUGGGAGCUUGGACAGAUUCAAUCAAUAUCCGGAGAUGAUGCUGAAAUACUUCUGGCUAAUGGAAAAGUUCUGACAGUGUCACCAGAAAGACUCUUGCCUGCCAACCCUGAUAUUCUCGAUGGAGUGGAUGAUCUGAUCCAGAUGAGUUACUUGAAUGAACCUACAGUUCUUUACAAUCUGCAAUUGCGAUAUUCUCGUGAUCUGAUCUAUACAAAAGCAGGACCUGUUCUGAUUGCUGUCAAUCCGUUAAAAGAAGUUGCACUCUAUGGGAAAGCUUCCAUCAUGCAAUACAAACAUAAGAUCAAGGAUGAUCCACAUGUGUAUGCAGUUGCUGAUUUGGCGUUUAAUGAGAUGCUGCGAGAUGGCAUAAAUCAAUCUAUAAUAAUAAGUGGCGAAAGUGGAGCAGGAAAAACUGAGACUGCUAAAAUUGCAAUGCAAUAUUUGGCUGCUCUAGGGGGUGCUAGUGGAGUGGAGUCUGAGGUUCUUCAGACCAAUACCAUUCUGGAAGCGUUAGGGAAUGCAAAAACAUCACGAAACCAUAAUUCUAGCCGAUUUGGCAAACUUAUUGAAAUACACUUUUCUGAAGCCGGGAAGAUGUGUGGUGCUAAAAUCCAGACCUUCUUGCUCGAGAAGUCGAGGGUGGUGCAAAGGGCACAAGGAGAGAGGUCAUACCAUAUUUUCUAUCAACUGUGUUCUGGAGCUCCUCCCUUUCUUAAAAAAAAAUUGUUUCUGAAAAGUGCCAAUGACUACAAUUACUUGAAGCAGAGUAACUGCUUGAGAAUUGAUGGUGUUGACGAUGCUAAAAAGUUUUCAGUGCUAGUGGAUGCAUGGGAUACUAUUAAGAUAUCUAAGGAAGAUCAAAUGAAAUUGUUUUCUAUGCUCGCAGCUGUCUUGUGGCUGGGAAACAUUUCAUUCUCUGUCAUAGAUAAUGAAAACCAUGUGGAAGUUGUUUCAAAUGAAGGGUUGGCUACUGCUGCAAAGCUAUUAGGCUGCCCUGCCAAUCAAUUGGUGACUGCUAUGUCAACUCGUAAAAUCCGAGCUGGAAAUGACAAUAUUGUUAAAAGGCUGACACUAACACAGGCCAUUGACGCGAGGGAUGCACUAGCAAAAUCAAUCUAUGCCCAUUUAUUUGACUGGAUCGUUGAGCAAAUUAACCACUCACUUGGAAUGGGGAGGCAAUGUACAUGGAGAUCCAUAAGUAUUUUAGAUAUUUAUGGGUUUGAGUGUUUCAAUAAGAAUGGUUUCGAGCAGUUUUGUAUAAAUUAUGCCAAUGAAAGGCUGCAGCAGCACUUCAACCGACAUCUUUUUAAACUACAGCAGGAGGAAUACUUAGAAGAUGGAAUUGACUGGGCCACUAUGGAAUUUGUGGAUAACACUGACUGCUUAUCUCUCUUUGAGAAGAAACCUCUAGGGCUAUUGUCAUUACUGGAUGAAGAAUCUACAUUCCCAAAGGCAACAGACCUUUCCUUUGCUAACAAGCUUAAGCAGCAGUUAAAUGGUAACUCUUGCUUCAAAGGUGAACAGGAAGGCACUUUUAAGAUUUGUCAUUAUGCUGGAGAGGUGACAUAUGAUACAGCUGGGUUCUUGAAGAAGAAUAGAGAUCCAUUGCACUCUGAGUCAAUCCAACUACUCUCGUCAUGUAAAUGUGAACUUCCGAAACAUUUUGCCUCUGUCAUGGUUGCUGAUUCUCAGAACAAAUCAAGUCUUUCAUGGCACUCAGUUAUUGAUACACAAAAACAAAGUGUUGUCACCAAAUUUAAGGUUCAACUGUUCAAGCUGAUGCAGCAGUUGGAGAGUACGACUCCUCAUUUUAUUCGAUGCAUUCAGCCAAAUAGCAAACAGCGCCCCAGGUUAUUCGAGCAUGAUCUUAUCUUGCACCAGCUUAAAUGCUGUGGGGUGCUUGAAGUUGUAAGGAUAUCAAGAACGGGCUAUCCAACUAGGAUGACUCACCAGCAGUUCGCUGAAAGAUAUGGAUUUCUUCUCUUGCGUUCUGUUGCAUCUCAGGAUCCACUUAGUGUUUCAAUUGCUGUACUACAGCAGUUGAAUAUCCCCCCUGAAAUGUACCAAGUUGGCUACACAAAGUUGUUUUUCCGUACAGGACAGGUUGCUGCUGUGGAAAAUGCUAAAAAGCAGAUGCUCCAUGGAACCCUCUGUAUUCAGAAACACUUCCGCGGGUUGCAUUCUCGACAGGGAUAUCAGGGUCUGAAGAAAGGAGCAAUGACACUGCAGUCAUUUAUACGAGGUGAAAGAGCAAGAAUACACUUUGAUCGUCUUGUCAAGAGAUGGAGGGCAGCUGUUCUCAUACAGAAGUACACUAGGCGUCGACUUGCAGCUACCAUGUUUAAUGAUCAAUUGAAUCAAAUCGUUCUUCUACAGUCCGUGAUGCGUGGGUGCCUGGCCAGGAAGAAAUACAAGUGCCUGCAGAAUGAGAAGGGGUCAAAGGUCAGUCGCAACAAAGUUCAAGGGGACGUAAGGAAGAAUAGUACAGAGUCGAGGAUAUGUCAUGAAACGAAUGGGCAUCAUCCUCAACAGCCAGUCAUCACAGAACUUCAGGGGCGUAUCUCGAAAGCUGAGGUGGCAUUGCGGGAUAAAGAGGAAGAAAAUGUAAUGCUGAAAAAACAAUUGGAACAAUAUGAGAAGAAAUGGUCAGAAUAUGAGGCCAAAAUGAAAUCUAUGGAAGAGGCAUGGAAGAGACAGCUCUCUUCUCUGCAGCUGAGCCUUGUGGCGGCUAAGAAGAGCCUAGCUUCUGAUGACGUGGCCACCGGAGCAGCUAGGACUGAUGCUGCUCCAACACAUGCUCAGUAUGACUCUGAAGAUACAUUGUCCACAGGGACCCAUACACCUGAAGUGACAGAGUUGAGACACCAAAACUACAACCCUGAAUCUAAAGUGUCAGCAGGAAAUUCAGAUAGGCGAGUAAAUGCUGUGAAUCACUUAGCAAAGGAGUUUGAGGACAGGCGGCAAGUGUUUGAAGAUGAUGCUGGCUUCCUUGUGGCAGUCAAGUCCGGUCAGGUUGGUUCAAAUAUGAACCCUGAUGAGGAACUCCGGAAGCUCAAGGACCGCUUUGCUACAUGGAAGAGGGAUUACAAAUCUCGGUUGAAGGAGACGAAGGUGAAUCUUCAGAAGGUCGGCACUCAUGAUGAAAAAUCCCGGAAAAGAUGGUGGGGGAAGAAGAGCUCAAAGUGAACGUGCAAGAUAAGCUCGGAUCUUGCCCCUACAUUUUUCUGCCAUUGGGUCAAGGAAAGUGACCAAGAAUGGCAGGGCAGGCGAGAAGAAAUCAUCCCGGUUCUUCUCUUCAUUGCAAGCCUGAGGAAAUGAUGAUGAGCUCCACCGUCGGUGGCGGGUGCUGUUAUUCGUCCAGUGUUGAGAGUUUCAAAAGGUUCAUAUAGGUGAAGCAAGAGGUCUGUACAUGUAUAUUGGUCCUCAGUUGUCAUUGUAUGUAUGUAGAACGAUAAACCUGAAAUAUGGAAGGGUAAUUAAAUACAGAUAAUCCGCCAUGAGCGAAUAGAGAUGCGAGAGCAGUACUGUAAAAUGUGUACAGUGAGAACUGUUCAAAUGUGCAAGGCAUUUUACUCCGUUCUCCUUAGUGCUCACUCUGAAAAAGCUAUGUUUAGCAGUUGCA